AUGUGUGUGUUAUACACUUAUACAUCGAAAGAUGAUGUUCGUGGAAAUUUUAAAGAUUUAGCUAUCUUAUUGGCAAAGUAUUCACCUCCAUUAUCAUGUCAUUUAACUGAAGUCCAAAUUAGGGGAAAACAUACACAACAUUUUGUAUCAUGGAAUCGGCAAAAUCAGUUGAUAUUAGCUAUUGCAACUAACAUUUGUAAUACAAUAAAAAAUAAAAUUUUGAAUGCAAAAUUUUUUGCUUUAUCUUUAGAUACCACAUUUGACGUGUCAAGAAAAGAGCAAUUGUCACUUGUUAUUCGGUAUAUAAAUAAAAGUAACGGUGUAGUCUGUGAACGGUUGAUAACUGUUAGAGAAACAUUAAUGACUACCGGUCAACAUUUAUUUACAGUUCUUGAUGAUAUAUGUAAAGAUAUGUGUUUAGAUUGGAAAACUUAUCUAAUUGGGCAAUCUUAUGAUGGUACUGCCUCAAUGAGAGGUGCAUACAACGGCUUACAAGCUAUUGUAAAAGAGCAUAAUUCAUCAGCUACUUACGUUUGGUGUUGGGCACACAAAUUUAAUUUGGUUAUAGUCGAUGCUGUAAGUUCCUGUUCACAAGCUAGAGACUUAUUUGGUACAUUGGAAACACUUUAUGAUUAUAUAGGCAGUAGUAAGAAGCGAGUAGGACUUUACUCGGCAUCCCAAAGAAAAAUAUAUCCUGGAAAGCCACUGCGAAGACUAAAAAGAGUAGAUACUACCCGAUGGACAUCACACUCAGCUGCUCUUUGUACGGUUUUCGACACAUAUGAUUCAAUCAUUGAUAUAUUAGAGGAUUUACAACACGAUUCUGAUCGUAUAUCGAGUGUCAAAGCUAGUAGCUUGAUAAAUUAUUUAUUGUCCGAGCGUUUUAUACUAACCGGUUUUAUUUUUAAGCAAAUUUUUGAAUUAACUAGCCCUUUAACUAAAUUUUUGCAAGGUGUUAAUAUUGAUUUGCUGGGUGCUAGUGAAUACGUAAAAUUGAUAUUAGAAAAAAUUCAUACAUUCAGAAGUGAGCAUCAAUUAAAAAAAUUGGUAGAAGAUAAAAAUACAUUUAUAGCGUCUAAGGCGAAUGAAUUAUCAUUCACUCCAUUAUCAUUAAACAGGAUAAGAAAAAAAAAAAUUCCAGGAGAAAAUAUAGCAGAUGAACAAAUCAAAAAAAGAUUAAAAGAAGUAGCAGAGCAGUCAAAUUUACCAACUGAUGCUUUUGAUGGAUUUGAAAUGGUCUAUGGGAAAUUUGUAAAAGCUGAUGAUUUAAGACAAAAAAUUCACAAAACAGAUGAUAUCGACGAAGAAAUAGAAACAAGUGAUAAUACUGAAAAUGAUAUUGAUCCAGAAGAUCUAGACUUAGCAACAAACCAAGGAAAUAUUUCGACGGUUUUUAAGGUGUGUCACCAAAAUGAUUUAAAAGAAGUGUUUCCAUCCAUUUAUAUUGCAUUAUGUAUAUGUUUAACUUUACCGGUUUCAAGUUCUUCUCCUGAAAGAGCCUUUUCUAAAUUGAAGCUAAUUAAAAGUAGAUUGAGAAGUAGUAUGGGAGAAGAUAGAUUAGAAUCACUUAUGCUUAUAUCAUGUGAAAAAGAUAUUAACAUUGAUAAUGAAGAGAGCAGUGUAGACCCAUGCGCCUUUUCCUGGCAAGUUCUCUCCGAAGAUACGUCAGCUCAGUCGUCCACCAGGGCUGGUUACCGACAUAACCGCCUGGGUGCUUAA